AGGGCUACACCUGCAGAAGAAAAUGGAUACCUCACCAUCGAAACAAUACGCUGCCAAGAAGCGAGUUAAGAUACACCCAAGUACAGUAACAGUAAAGUACACCACCCAUUAUCCUCAGACAGGGGAAGAGGAGUAUGUGGAACCGUAUGAAGAUACUGAAAGCUUUGUUGAGGACAAUCCCAAGAAAAAACUACUAAGCAGUAGCACAAGAGGAAGAACAUUUUUUGGGACUAUGGAUGCUCGACCAAAACAAACAGAAGACCCAAAGGACAAUGAUAUCGGGCAGCAGUUAAAAAGCUUUGCAGAGAGUUCAAUUUUCCAGUCCAAGGUGACAUGGGCAGCCUUAUUUGGGGCUGCUUUGGCACACGGAUGUGUUGCAUUAGUAACGAGAUUAGCUGCUGAUCGUUCCAAAGUGCCGUCACUGGAACUGAUUUUCAUUCGCUCUGUAAUCCAAGUUCUGUCAGUGAUUAUGGUGUGUUACUAUCAAGAAGCCCCAUGUGGACCAAAAGGUUACAGACUACGUCUCUUCUUCUAUGGAGUAUGCAAUGUCAUCUCUAUCACGUGUGCAUACACUUCCUUCACAAUUGUGCCUCCUGGGAAUGGGACCAUGAUGUGGAGAGCAACCACGACUGUAUUUAGUGCAGUCUUGGCAUUUCUGUUGGUAGAUGAAAGGCUGGGAUACACAGAUAUUGUAACUGUAGUAAGCAGUGUAUUUGGUCUUUGUUUGGUUAUGAUCCCAAAUAUUGUGGAUGAAGACAACUCUGUGCUUGAUGCUUGGAAAGAAGCUUUUGGCUAUACCAUGACAGUGAUGGCAGGAUUAACUACUGCUUUAUCAAUGAUAGUCUACAGAGCAAUCAAAGAAAAAGUCAGUAUGUGGACUGCACUUUUCACGUUUGGCUGGACAGGUACUAUUUGGGGAGCAUCGACCAUGUUUGUCCUUCAAGAGCCAAUAAUACCACUGGAUGGAGAGACGUGGGGUUAUCUAAUCAUCAUCUGCACAUGCUCUACUGUGGCUUUCCUGGGAGUUUAUUAUGCAUUAAAUAAAUUCCACCCAGCUUUGGUCAGCACAGUUCAGCACUUAGAAAUUGUCGUGGCCAUGAUCCUGCAGCUUUUGGUUUUACGUAUGUUUCCAUCAGUUUAUGAUCUUUUAGGAGGCGCAAUAAUAAUUCUAAGUGUAUUUGUUCUUACGGGUUACAAAUUUUAUUGGACACGCAGACAUCAAGAUUACCAAGAAAUCAUGGAUUCUCCAAUUAAAUAAGUGUCAUCAUCCUAUGUAUUAGUUUCCUUAGAUGUGCAGUAGGUGCAGUACAACAGGAAUGUCCACCUGCUGAUGUCUUCUGUGUUGUGCCAUUUAAAAAGUGCCAAAAGUGUUCUGUCUUGACUGCAGUGUGAAAUAAAUUAUUAGGCAGAUGUGCAUUAACA